CGGCAGCGGGGAGGAAUGCGCUUCCGGAGGCGCAGAGGGAGCAGCGGCGGCGGCGCUUGCAGGGCCCGCCGAUCCCCCUUCCCGGCCAGGCGCUUGGAGGGAGGAGUGGCUUUGCUAGCUGGGCGUGAGGGAGCCGAGGCAUCGCCCUCAGGAGGCCAGGCGCAGCCAACGCGGGGAAAGGGCCUGACGCGUGGAGGAGAAGCAGGAGAAGCGCCAACUUCUUUCUUUCCAGCGCCGCCGGGGGAGGGAGGAGGGCGACAAAGCAGGACCACGGCCAUCAUGGCACAGGGACAUUUGAAAUUGUUCAUCUGGACGGGAUUGUUAAGCAGCCUCAUAGUAUGUGUACUUGCCCAACAAGGUGGGAACAAUUGUAUAAAACAUAAUGCAAAAUCAUGUGCUGACUGUAUACAAGCUGGAUCAAAUUGUGGAUGGUGCAAAAAUAUAACUUUCUUAAAAGAAGGGGAGUCUACUUCAGCAAGAUGUGAUGAUUUGGAAGUAUUAAAAAGCAAGGGCUGCCCUGCGGAUGAAAUAGAAAACCCCAGAGGCUCCCAACAAAUGUUGAAAAACAAGGAAGUAACGAAUCGCAUCAAAGGUCAAACCGGGCCUGAGAACCUCAGACCAGAAGACAUUACCCAGAUUCAACCACAGCAAGUGCACUUGAAGCUACGGAUAGGGGAACCACAGACAUUUUCAUUAAAAUUUAAGAGAGCUGAAGAUUACCCUAUUGAUCUCUAUUACCUUAUGGAUCUCUCUUACUCCAUGAAAGACGAUUUGGAGAAUGUGAAAAGUCUUGGAACUUCUCUGAUGAGUAAAAUGAAGGAUAUAACUUCAGAUUUCCGUAUUGGUUUUGGUUCUUUUGUUGAAAAAACUGUAAUGCCUUACAUUAGUACCACACCAGCCAAGCUCAAGAACCCAUGUACAGGUGACCUUAACUGUACGAGUCCUUUUAGCUACAGGAAUGUGCUCAACUUUACCAAAGAUGGAAGUCUGUUCAAUAAACUUGUAGGUGAACAACAAAUUUCUGGCAAUUUGGAUUCUCCUGAAGGUGGAUUUGAUGCUAUUAUGCAAGUUGCUGUUUGUGGCUCAAAACUUGGAUGGAGAAAUGUCACUCAGUUGUUGGUGUUUUCCACGGAUGCUGGAUUUCAUUUUGCUGGAGAUGGGAAACUUGGAGGAAUUGUUUUACCAAAUGACGGGCAGUGUCAUUUAGAGGAUAACAUGUACACAAUGAGCCAUUAUUAUGAUUAUCCCUCCAUUGCUCACCUUGUUCAGAAGUUAAGUGACAAUAACAUUCAAAUCAUCUUUGCUGUAACACAAGAAUUUCAACCAGUUUACAAGGAAUUGAAGAAUUUGAUUCCAAAGUCUGCAGUGGGAACCCUGUCUUCAAACUCCAGCAAUGUCAUCCAGUUGAUUAUUGAUGCAUACAAUUCAUUGUCUUCAGAAGUCAUUUUGGAAAACAACAAACUACCAAAAGAAGUCUCCAUUGAAUAUAAAUCUUUCUGCAAGAAUGGACUGAAUGGGACAGGAGAUGAAGGAAGGAAGUGCUCUAACAUUUCAAUAGGAGAUGAGGUUAGGUUUGAGAUUAAAGUAACAGCCACCCAAUGUCCAGAAAAGGGGCACACUGAAACCAUUAAAAUCAAGCCACUGGGUUUCACUGAAGAAGUCGAAAUUAACCUGGAGUUCAUCUGCGAAUGUGAAUGUCAUGAUGAAGGAAUCCCGGACAGCCCCCUGUGCCAUUUUGGAAAUGGGACAUUUGAAUGCGGUGCUUGCAGGUGUAAACCAGGACGUAUUGGAAAACACUGCGAGUGCAGUAUGGAUGAAGUAAACAGUGAAGACAUGUCAGGCACUUGCAGGCCAGUGAACAGUACAGAAAUAUGUAGUAACAAUGGAGACUGUAUCUGUGGACAGUGUGUGUGCAGGAAGAGAGAGAACCCCACUGAAGUCUACUCUGGCCAGUUUUGCCAGUGUGAUAACUUCAACUGUGAUCGAUCUGAUGGUUUGAUUUGUGGAGGACAUGGUGAAUGUAAAUGUCGUGAGUGUGAGUGCUGGGCAAAUUAUACAGGCUCUGCUUGUGAGUGCCCUUUGGACAAAACCCCCUGCAUAGCUAGCAACGGGCAAAUCUGCAACGGCAGAGGAGAAUGCCACUGUGGAGUAUGUAACUGCACAGAUUCCAAAUUCCAGGGACCUACGUGUGAGUUAUGUCAGACCUGUCUUGGAGUCUGCGCAGAGCACAAGGAUUGUGUCCAGUGCAGAGCUUUUAACAAAGGACCAAAAGUAAAGAGUUGUGAUGAAGAUUGUUCACAUUUUAAUGUGGUACAGGUAGACCACAGGGAUAAGCUGCCGCAGCCUGGCCAGUUUGAUGCGCUGUCUCAUUGCAAAGAGAAGGAUGAGGACGACUGCUGGUUUUAUUUCACAUAUUCCGUUGACUCAAACAAAGCUGUUGUCCAUGUGGUGGAGACACCAGAAUGCCCAGCUGGUCCUGACAUCAUUCCCAUCGUUGCUGGUGUGGUUGCUGGAAUUGUUCUUAUUGGUCUUGCUUUAUUGCUAAUUUGGAAACUACUUAUGAUCAUUCAUGACAGAAGAGAAUUUGCAAAAUUUGAGAAGGAAAAGAUGAAUGCAAAGUGGGAUACGCAAGAAAAUCCAAUAUACAAGAGUCCUAUUAAUAAUUUCAAGAAUCCAAACUAUGGACGUAAAGCUGGUCUCUAAAUCUCCGGUGAAAAUCCUAUAUACAAGAGUGCAGUGACAACUGUGGUCAAUCCCAAAUAUGAGGGGAAAUGAAAACUGCUUUGUAACUUCACAACACUGUAUGCAACAUAGCAAUUUUGUAGUCACCGUAACCUAGCUUUAGGGCAAUACUGCAAUGAAUUUACUAAUUCAUUACAUUACAUAUAGGUUUGUUUCCUAUGCAGAUUCUGAAAAUGUACAGUAUGUUUUUAUUUUGUGUGUGAAGGGUUUUUCUCUCUGUGUUUGCAAAUAAUCAGUGCCAGGGGACUGACAGAAAACUUGAGACUGCAUAGCCCACUCAACCAAGGUCACGUGGUGCCUUUUUGACCUUUUCCCUCCUGUGACUGGAGUGAAAUGGCUAAAGCAAUCAGUAUGAGGGGCUUAGCGUAGCCAUUAAGUAUUUUAAAAUAAGAUCAGUUUUAGCUUUAUAGACACAUCAGGGCUUGGUUUGCACCUUUAAAAUGCAAGCCAAAUAAUUCCUUGUAAACUUAAUUUUUCUUCUUCUGUAUAAUGGAAUUUACCUUAUUGGGUACAGUAAGUUUUAAUAAGAUGGAAAUCAUGUUGUAAGAGACAAUUUAAUAUGUAUGUAUGCAUUUUAAACUGUCAAAGGCUAUGUGUAAGAAAAUAGGAAGAAAAAAAUAGAUCCAAAACAAUAGCUUUAUUAUUGUGCCAUUUUCUUCAUAAUGCUGUUGGCUGCACCAGUAACCUAGGAACUCUUCUUUGUAAAUUUAAAGUCCUGGCUUUGGUACUUAAAAGUCUUCUGCCAAGACAUUUUUUAACUGCAUUAGGGCCUUAAUUCAUUAGUGGGAUUUUUAAAAAAAACGUUUUUGCUUGGUUUAAAGCCUGGUGCUUUGUCACCUUCUUCUUUAGUGUAUUUACUUUCAUUUUGUGUAAGUUUGUUGUGUCAAAACAACUUGAUUUUUUUUCUUGCAGUCUUGGUUGAAAUUUUGUCUUUACCGUGUAGCUAAGAUUGCAUAAUUGUCGUGUAACAUGACUGUUGGUCAGAAGAUAUCAUUGUUUUGUGCCAUGUACAUUCUGUCAUCUGUUCUAUGCUAGCUACAUUCUUAUUUUAAGUGCCUUUUAUUUUAACAAAUGUUCACUUUUUACAGUGCUAUUAUGGAAGUUAUUUAUUAAAUAAAAAUAUUUAAAACACCA